UAAGUGAUGUGAUUUCGAUCAUUUGGUUUCUCAGCAAGUGCCUAGUAAUAAUAGUUUAGUAAUAAUAGUUUUGUCAGACCAAGAAAUAAACACGUCAGCACAAAGCUGUCCCAGUUUAUAUGACGUCCCACACUUUCCGAAUUCACCCUAUAUGCGAAUAACAAAAUGUAAGCAUGAACAACAAGUUGACAGUGUAGGAUCAAAGAACUGAUCACAGGUAGGUUUACAGUGUCAGUUAGUCAACGCAGACUGGUCGCGUGUGCGCAUUAUCACAAUGACAUCAUGGUCUGACUCUGCAGCAUUGCAUCGUAGAUACGGCAUGUAAACGGGUGAAAAGAAAAAGGACAUGGACACAAAUAUAUUUAAUUUCUCAAUAAAAAAGACUAUCAUAAGAAUGAGGAAGCGCUGGUAAUAUAUGCAAGUAACGCAACCGAAGACAGAACCCUCUUAUUUCAGUGCAUAUUAGGUAUUCCACGGAUAAUCCAUAGUUGCAGCCGUUUUCGCCAUGGCUAACUCAUGUGGGACAGUGGAGAUGGCGUCAUUGGAAUGUGCUGCCUCGAAUCUGGCAUGUGAAGCAUCACCGGAGCCUGACAGUGUGGCGCUGAGGAUGGUACUGGUGGGGAAGACAGGCGCAGGGAGAAGCUCUUCUGGUAACACCAUCCUAGGGAGGCAGGCAUUCCGGGUGGACAUCUCUUCAUGUUCUGUAACUGGUCAGUGUGACAGACAGAGUGGAGCUGUGGCUGGGAGGAACCUCACUGUGGUCGACACCCCAGGGUUCUUCGACACGCGCCUCUCCCCUCAGGAGGUGACAGCUGAGGCAGGCCGCUGUGUGGUGCUGUCCGCCCCUGGCCCCCACUCCWUCCUGGUGACCCUUCAGCCUGGCAGGUUCACUCAGGAGGAGCGGGAUGCCCUGGAGUGGGUCAAGGCCACUUUUGGACCAGGAGCCCUCAGAUACACAGUAGUACUGUUCACCUGGGGUGACCAGCUUCAGGGAAAAAGCAUGGAAGACUUCCUGAAGGAGAGCCAGGAGCUCCAGGAGUUUGUGAGUAKAUGUCAGGGGGGCUACCAUGUCUUUAACAACAGCAACAAGAUAACAGACUGCACUCAGGUCACAGAGCUCCUGGAGAAGAUAGACAAGAUGGUGACACAGAACGGAGGUGGCUUCUACACCAACGAGAUGUACCAGGACGCAGAGAGAGCCAUCAGAGAAGUGCAGGAAGGAAUUCUGGGAGAGAGAAGGAUGACUCCAUUGAAGCAGGAGGAGGAUGGGGUGAAGACAGGGCCAGAGCCUCAGGGACCGGAGGCAGAGAGAAUGAGAAGGAGGGAAGAGGAGGAGAGGAGAAGAGAGGAAGAGGCAGCCAGAAAGAAGGCAGAGAAGUUGUUCUGGUGUGAGCUGGUGUCUGCCUUGGGGAAGGGGGCGGCAGAGGGAGCUGGAGUAACAAGCAAAGGGAAAGGGAAAGCAGUGAAAAAGGUUAAGGCUAUAGAGAGGGCAGCAGCUUUGGCUACAACACCGCUGUCAAUCACAUCAGCUGCCAAAGUGGUGGGAGGAGCUGUGAGAGAGGGAAGUAAAGUGCUUUACAAACACCGCAAAACUCUCCUACACUGACGGGGACUUUUAAUAUCCACUAUUAUUCACUGUAUGGUGCUGGGUUAUCAGGUAGAUGAUGAGGGUCUUAAAUAACCCGUAUAUUUUUUCUGUCUCUGAAGUGCAAAUUAGUUUUUACACACUUAUUUAUCACUCAAAUCUGUUCUUUGAAAAAUCAUCACAAUGACGUCAUAAGGCAGGCUUGCUAAAGAGCGCAGAUGCACUUUCUUCCAUUGUCAGUCAUAGUUGAAGCUAUUAUUGCACUAACACAUGGAGGUAAAUGAUCAGAAAGGUAAUAAGAGUUGAUAGAAUGCAAAUGCAGUGUAAUACCACUGUAAUGGAACUGCAACCAUCAUCCUUAAUAGAAGGCCAACCCUGACAGUUGAGGAAGUGAUUCUAUUUGUCCAGGUUGUCAUAGUGCCAAGUAAAGUGUGCUGUGAAUUUUUGAAUGGUGUGAAUCGCUAGUGUGAGUAUGCAGGAGUAAACAUCCUGGUGUGAUGAAACACAAUUCAAAGUAAUCAACACGGAGAACCUGAUGAACCAGUAAAUAUAACUUUUACUGACCUGAUUUACAAAUGAUGAAGGUUCUUUGUAUUAAAAUGUUGAUCAUUACAACAUGGGCACCACAGUUGUAAAAGUUUGGCACACA